AUGCAGUCGACAAAGGUGAAAGCCGAGGCCCUUGGGCGCAAGGCCAAGCUCGCCCAUUCGUACCAAGAGCUCCUCGACGAAUUCUCGAACAAGGACCUCAAGUCGGUCGGAAACUAUACCCUCGGCCGCCUGAUUGGGAAAGGGUCGUUUGGCAAGGUGUACCUGGCCACCCACAAACUUACAAACGGGUCCAAGGUCGUCCUCAAAUCGGCCAACAAGGACGACUCGAACCUCGCCCGAGAGAUCCACCACCACCGCCAGUUCGUCCACCCGCACAUCGCCCGCCUGUACGAGGUCAUCGUGACGGAAUCAUUGGUCUGGCUGGCCCUGGAGUACUGUUCAGGCGACGAGCUGUACAACUACCUCCUCCAGCACGGUAAGCUCCCCGUCGAGAAAGUCCAAAAGACCUUCACCCAGCUCGUCGGCGCCGUUUGCUACGUCCACCGGCAGUCAUGCGUCCACCGCGACCUGAAACUUGAGAAUAUCCUCCUCGAUAAGCACGAGAACGUUAAGCUCUGCGACUUUGGCUUCACGCGGGAAUACGAGGGGAAAGCCAACUAUCUGCAGACUUUCUGCGGGACAAUAUGCUACUCGGCCCCGGAGAUGCUCAAGGGCGAAAAGUAUGCCGGCGAAAAGGUGGAUGUGUGGAGUCUAGGCGUCAUUCUCUACGCCCUGCUCUGCGGAGAGCUGCCGUUCGACGAAGACGAUGACGGCGUCACGAGGAACAAGAUUCUCAACGACGAACCCAAGUACCCCGACCACAUCCCCCCGGACGCCCUGUCUCUGCUAAAGAGCCUGCUCUCGAAACGCCCGCUGCUCCGCCCCACCCUCCCCGACAUCCUAGCGCACCCGUUCCUCGCCGAGCACGCGCCCCAGCAGCAGGAGAUCCUUAAGCUCGAGCGCCCUGAGCCGUUCUCGACGCCGCUAGAGAAGGAGACGCUGCACCGGAUGCGAAGCGCCGGCGUCGAUAUUGAUUCGGUCGUCGACAGCGUUCUAGCGCAAAAGUGCAACGUCCUGGCUGGUUGGUGGACGCUCCUGAUCGAAAAGGAGGAGCGCAAGCAAAAGAGGAGGGAGAGGAAGCGAAAGGAGAGGGAGCUGGAGAACCGGACCUCGAGGCGCUUCUCGCAGGCCUCCAGCCGGCUUAACGCGUUGGCGACCGUCGAGGAAUCGUUUGUGAAGCUCUCAGACGCCCCGCUGCCGAGAACUCGUGGCAGGUCAGAAAGGCGGAGUGGUUACUACCCUACCUUGACCAUCCCGGAUAUGCCUGACCUGUCGGACAUGGUCAAGCUCGCGAACGGGAAUAUGAGCCCUGACAGCGAAGCGCCGCCACCACCCAUCGACAAGGACUCAAUACGAUCUGUCAGUUCGUCCAGGCAUCGCAAGCCGCUGCCCCCGCCGAAGGAGGGAGUGCUGCGGAGCGCACGGUCGCGGGGCUCAACGCUGCAUCUCGUGACGACAAGCGAUGUGCUCGAUGCCAACGGCGGUUCACAAGCCGGUGACUCAAAGAAGGUCAAGAAACGGCCGUCACACGCCAUCAUUGCGACCUGGAAGAACUGGACCCACUGGCUGUUCGAGAACACGCGACGGCACAAGAACAACAACAAACGCGGGAGCCAUACCCCCGCCAGCGGCUUAGUAUCAACCCCCCAAACCGUCAGCCUCCCCAAAGGGGUCGUCGCCAACGGCUACGCCGCCCGGGGCGCGUCCUCAACCGCCGGCGGGUCCUCGCGCCCACCCAUCUCCCCGGGCCUCACCACCCCGCCCAUACCGGGCCACAGCACGCGCCUGCACACAUCCGGCUCCUACAAGCGACACUCGCUCUCCCCCUCCCCACUGACACCGCGCUCCACCGUGCGCCGCUCCUCGGGCCCGACCGGCCUGCGCGGCCGCAAGUCCACCUCCUCCUCCGUCUCCUCCGUCCGCUCCCUCCACCACACCCACCACCACUCCCACUCCAAGGCCUCCUCCACCUCCUCCAACGGCUCCGUGUCAACCUCGGUGUCCAAGACCCCCAUGCAAGCUACCCGCUCCCCGCACCACUCCGUCAAAGUCCUCCCUGCCACGCCCACCGCGGGUACGUUUCCGGGGUUUCCGAGCAAUAUCCGCCUUGUGCGUGAUCGUGCGGGGCCGCCGUUGAGUAUUUUUAAUGAGGGUCUUCCGAGUGGAUCUGGGAGUGCGGGUGGUGGAGGGGGAAUGGUGCCAACGCCGGGGAGCCCGAAUCCGUUUACUGGUGGCGGGGCUGCGGGUGGCGGUGGGGGCGGGGUGAUGUUUGCGAAGAGGAAGAGGAAUUUGUUUAAGGGGCCGAUGUUGAGUCUUGCGAGUGGUGGUGGUGGGGGGCAUGGGCAUGUGAGGGAGAGUAAGAGUGCGGGGGGUGGGGGGGUUGGUGGUGGUGGGGGUGGUUUGGGAGGGAGUGGUGGGUCGGGGCAUUCGAGGAGUGCGAGUGCGAGUGGGUUGGGGAGGAGGAGUGGGGAGAUUACGAUUCAGGAGGAGGAUGAGGAGGAGGCUGCGGAGGGGGGGAUGGGUGGUGGAAGUGGUGGUAUGGGUAUGAGUGGUGGAGGUGGAGGUGGGUUUGGGGGUGUUGGAAUGGGCGAUGAUGAAUUCGAAGAGGUCGAGUCGUUCAGUCCCAUUGUGAAGGGCCCCGGGGAGAUUGUCGAGGAGAAGAUAUAUGAGGAAGGUGAGGAAGGGGAUGAGCCGGAGGGGUUGCAGCCUGCUGCGACUAUUAAGGCUGCCGUGGGGGGGAGCUGA